ACGUAACCGCCCCCGAACAGACGAACAACAAAAAUGGAGUUAUGAACUAGUAGCAAGUUAGCUUCGUAAGGACGUUCAAUUUUAGUUUUGGUGUCGUUACUGUACUAUGAGUUGAUGUCUCCAGGUAAUUGAAGUGUCGUGAUGCAUUCACAUCGAAGCUAUACGUAGUUUAUGUUUUGUAGCGGUCGCAAGAAGCUGUCGAACGGGUAAACAAACCGGUUUCUACGGGUACGACAAAGACAACAAGGCUUAGUAGCUAGCAUUAACGUUAGCUAGCUAGCUAAAACAGUAGCAUUUGCUCGUUUUCACUCCAGCGGGUUAACGGACGAAGAGCGGGACAGUCAGAAAUGGAGAAGUCAGAUUUCCUGAAGGGGCUGCCUGUCUACAACAAAAACAACUUCAGCAGGUUCCAUGCAGACUCUGUAUGUAAAGCAUCAAACCGCCGACCAUCGGUAUAUCUUCCAACUCGGGAAUAUCCAUCAGAGCAGAUCAUUGUCACAGAGAAGACAAACAUCCUAUUGCGAUAUCUUCAUCAACAGUGGGACAAAAAGAAUGCAGCAAAAAAGCGAGAGCAGGAUCAAGGAGAGGGCGAGAACACGGCGCCGCCGCGGAAAAUUGCCAGAACAGACAGCCGGGAGCUGAAUGACGACUCAUGAAUCGCUGUGCUGUUGCUGCACACCCAGCAGAGACUGACCUGUACAAACAAAAAAAAUGCACACACAGAUGCAGAAUAUAGGCCUUGACACUGAAGCACACACGGAUCCAUACAUUUCACAUUUCACACCACAACCGGCAUGACAUUAAUCCUAAAUAAACACUGGUCUUAAUGUUUGCAUUUGA